AUGCUGUCAGAACGUCGAACUUUGAAACCAGGAGUUAGUGUCGCAACCGUCACUCUGUUCAACACCAAGGAUGAAGAGAUUGACGUUGUCGCCAUGAAAAAGCAUGUCGUACGUUUGGCCAAGGCAGGAGUGAACAGCAUUGUUCUUGCAGGAUCUAACGGUGAAGGUGCUCAUCUGAGCCAUGAAGAAAAAACAGCCUUGAUCCGCGCGAUCCGAGGGACUUUAGACGCCGCAGGGUUUGGACGUCUGCCAAUCAUCUCAAAUUGCUCCGCGCAGUCUAUUCACGAGGCAAGCAGCUUCUGCAGGGAGUUUCACGAGGCAGGGGCAGAUUACGCACUAAUUUUGCCACCAUGCUACUUCAAGGGCGCGUACUCACGUCAGAAUAUCAUCGACUUCUACGAGGAAAUCGCAACAGUAUCACCCAUACCCGUCAUCAUUUACAACUAUCCACCAGUUGUAUCAGGGACAGAUCUGGACUCCGAUCUCAUUAUCAAGUUGGCCUCUCACCCAAAUAUCACGGGCUGCAAAUUCACUUGUGCAAAUAUGGGGAAAAUCACCCGUGUAGCGUCAACUGUUGGCGAAAACACCUCGAGCUCUCCGGAAUCAGGUUUCCAUGCCCUGGUAGGCCUAGCAGAUUGCAUUGCCUCGACCCUGACAGCCGGAGGAACGGGUGUUAUCGUCGGGUUGGGGAAUGUUUUGCCCAAGUCGUGUGUCAAGCUAUUCGAUCUCUGUGUCGGUGGAGGUAAGCCAGAAGAGAUAAGAAAACUUCAGCAGCUUCUUGCCCAUACAGAUGGCACAUUGGUAGCCGGUGGGGUGACGAGUGUCAAAAGCGUUUUACAGACAUACUUUGGGUAUGGAGGAAAUCCUAGACGGCCGCUGCCCCAAGCCUCGCCGACAGACGCAAAAUCGUGGGCUGAGGCGAUCAAGGAAGCCAUUGACUACGAAAACAGCAUAUAA